AUGGGUGAAGCAUAUGAAGCGUUAGGUUCAGUGGAUGGUGGUGCGUCCGCACCUCCAACUUCAUCCGAACAAACUCCUUCCCAAAAUCCAGGUUUACUCUCUUACCAAUAA